AUUCAAACUAUAUAAGAAUCUACACAUAAACUUCUCAAACGAACCCAUAUUUUCAGAGAAAGAGAGAGAUGAGGAAGGUAGCUAUAAUUGUAAUGCUCUUUUGUUCAAUAGCCAUAGCCAUGCCUGUGGUUCAUGGCAUUGCCCAAGGCCCCAAAGCAGUGGAUGAUUGGUUCCAAAAGCUCAGUUUCAAAAAGGAGAAGCUCACAAAGCUUAACUUCUACUUACACGACACACUCAGUGGCAAGAACCCAACUGCUGUCAAGGUAGCCCAAGCCAACAUGACUUUCAAAUCUCCAACCCUUUUUGGCCUAAUCAACAUGAUUGAUGACCCUUUGACUGUGGGUCCGGAACCCAGCUCCACUGAGGUGGGUCGAGCCCAGGGGUUCUAUGGCUCGGCCGGGUUGGACAAGUUGGGUCUCAUCAUGACCAUGAACCUUUACUUCGCCACUGGAAAAUAUAACGGUAGCACUUUAAGUGUUGUGGGUCGAAAUUCAGUUAUGGAGUUGUACCGCGAAAUGCCAAUUAUCGGUGGAUCCGGUGUCUUCCGACUGGCACGUGGAAUUGCCACGGCAAAGACAUAUUUCUUGAAUACAGCCACGGGUGAUGCUGUUGUGGAGUACAAUGUUGAUGUCCUUCAUUAUUGAGUUUUUUUUUAUUUUUUAUUUUUUAUUUUUUAUUUUCCUUACAAUAAGAACUUAGACGCAAAAAAAUAUAUAAAUAAAAAAAAUGUGAUCCAAAUUCGACUCUGUAGAUCUCAUAUUUAGAAUGAAUUUAUAUCAUACACUUUUUCUUGAUUUUUUUUUUUGUAUCCAAGUUCUUAAUAUUAUUGCUUUUCUUUUUGAUUGUUAUUUUUAUUUAAUCUUAGAUAUUUUUGUAUUAUUUGUAAGGAUGUGGUAUGGCAUCUUUUUUUAUUGGAUCUGCUGGACACUGUCAUUGACAUUUAUUAUUUUUGUCUCUUUUCUCUUCUUUUUGUUCGUUUGUUUUUUUAUUUUUUUGUAAGACUAAUCACCAAAAUAUAUUAGUUAAAUAACUUAAUAACAUCAGUUGUCAGCUUAUGUGCUGGUUGAAUUACAUUUCUUCCUAUCUUACUAUAGUUAAUAAUAUCACUAACUAUAGACAUAAUUUGCCAACCAGUGACUUCUCCUUGGCUCUGAAGUAUCUUGACUAAUACGCAAUCUGUUUGAAUAGUUAAGCAUUUCAUCACUUGAGCCCUCACCCAUCUUAGGGCUUCCAAACAUGCAUUUGCCUCUGCCGCCAGUGGACUAGGAAGUGGGUUC